GGUUCCAUAAAAAUAUUAUGGCUACUCUCUGUACCAAGAAAUCGCUUGAACAAGAUUUGGACAAAUUUCGGUCAACUUUCGAAUUUGAUACAACUAAUCUGGAUACGGACCGCGUAAGAACCCUAAUAAGAAAGCUAGAAGAUGACCAGAAAAACACAACGAAAUCUAAAGACGAAAAUAGAAAGAUUAUUCACUUUCUGUCAUAUUUGUAUUUUCGGCUGGAUGACCAUAAACAUGCACUACAGCUUAUUGAGGUAUCUCUUCAGGAGGAUCCUGAUAAUAUCAUAGCCAACGCAAACAAAGCAAGAAUUCUCCUGGAGAAUGGGAAAGAUUCCGAAGUGGAAAAAAUUAUAUCAAGACUUCAAGAUCUAGAGAUACAAAACGAUUAUGACAAAAGAAAAUGUUAUGCCGAAGCGGAUCUUGCGUACGCGUAUGCAAGGUCGGGUCCUUGGUACUAUCAAAGGGCGGUAGAUCUGUACAGCAGACUUGUGGAAGCAUAUCCUUCAGAAUACGCGUGGCAGUUUGGACUAGGUUUGACUUUACUCAGGCAGACUCACCACGUUCAUUCACGGGCAGAUGUCGAAAACGAGAAGACAACGUUAGAUGCCGCUGAGAGGUUGCUAGCUGCCACGAAAUCUGACGAUCCCAUUCUAUCUGCGAAAGCAUAUGCUGAACUUGGCAGAGCCGUAUACAAUAUUGAGAAACGAAAGUACGGCGACCUACCACCACAUAUAAAGAAGUUAAGGUAUAAAGAUUGCUUUAAAAAGGCAUUAGAAAUAUGUUCUGAGGAGCCAUCGGUGUUACAGAUAUGUGGUCAAUAUGCGCGGUACAGUUUAGAUUUUGACGAAUCAGAGACACUUCUUCGCAAAGCACUUCAAAAGAAACCAACGCCUCAGUCAUACCACCACCUUGCUCUUACAUUAGCAAAAAUGGUAGAAAUGCCAGGAGGACACUCAACUGAACGAAACCGCCCUGAAGAAUCAGGAGACGAAGAUGGUUUUAUUUGUGUAGGCGGCAAAAAAAGGAAGAGACCCAAUCAAACGAUGAAGUCACCAUUGAAGGUUCAAGUUUAUCCCGGAAACAGCUUACUUAAGGAGGCUAUAGAAUUGAUCGAUAAAGCAGAAGAAUUGGACUCCAAUAUUUUGAAUAUACAGUACGAUAAGGGCAUUCUAUAUAGAAUGUUAGGCGAAACCGCAAAUGCUGUGGAGGUUUUCAAACAAAUAAUCUCUAAAAGAAAAAGCUUUCCAACCAAAACUGUGAUGACCUAUGCCGAGGAACAACUUAGAUUUUGUCUCCUAGAACUGGAUGAUUCGAAAGAAAUACCGCCUGAUAAAAAGAGGAAAUACGAGAACGAUGAUCAAUCUCAACCUUUUUUGUGGAACCGCUAUUCGACACUCCAAGAACCGUCGAGUGAUGAAAGUGAUGGGUAGCCAAAACAACUGGCAGUUCUACACAAGCUCAUGGGGGUUCAUAGAGAUUCAAUCGCCAUUUACAAGGAUUAUUAUCCAAGCACAAAUAAACAAUGGAUCCCAAAGACUACAGAAACAUGCUGGAAUGCUACAUGAAGGAUAAGCAGUUUGAAGAAUGCGUUACUCUUUUAACCUCAUUGGAGUGUGCGACAAAUUUUGCGGGGCUUCCACCGUCUUUGGUCUUUGAUGUGUAUAUCAAUGGUGCAUUUCACGCCUACUCGACUGAUAACGUACAACUAGCGCACAGACAAUUCAGGCGAGCCUUUCAAUUUUACGGCAUGUUCGAUAAGGUCAUUGCUGACCAAAGUGAGGCUGACAAAGACGAGGAUACAAAGGAUAUACUAAUAUUACACAGUUGUUCCCAAGGUUGGAAAUGCGGAUUUCCAAGUUAUCUCGGAGCGAUUUAAGGAGACUGUACGGGAUAACGUUCUAAGAUCAAUACUGACAACGGGCUCUGGAAUCCGAUCACUACGGAAUCCAUGAUUUCCAUGAUGCAGAAGAUACCAUGUGAUAUUAUCAUGACCCACGACAGUGCAGACAACUAUGACAGACUGUAUGUCAACCACGCUAUCCAGUUGAGCUCAGAGAAAUGGAACCGACCUAGAGUUUUGUCAGUGUCAGACGACAAAUGCAAUGUGCCUGAUAUUGCCAGAAUAAUAUCUUUUAUCCGGACGCUUCCUCUGCUAAAGGGCGAAGCCAUCCGGACCCAUCCAACGUUAGAGGUUGCUAUACAACCGCUCGAUCAGAAACCAGAUAAGUUAUCAGAGAUAAAGUUAGGAUGGGUGAAAGAUUUCAUUUAUCUACUGAAGGAUCAGCACCAUAAGUAACGGUUUACGUGAUAAAACCCGUCGUGACUUGUGUCAUCAAUGAACAGUUAAUCACCAUCACUUGUUACACAAUGAACAGUUUCGCGCGAUCGCUUUUCUCACCAAUAAACAGUUUUGCGUAACCAAUUAUUACAUAAAUGUAUAGUUUUGCGCCAUCAGUUCUAUUCAUCAAUGGACAGUUUUGCGUCCUUACCUUUUUUUUUAAAUGAACAGUUAAUCAUCCUCACUUGUUACACCAGUGACCAGUUCAGUGUCAUCACUUGUUACAGCAAUAAACAUUUUCGCGUCGUCACUUCUAACAGUGAACAGUUUCGCGUCAUGACUUGUCAUACCAGUGAACGUUUCGAGUCAUAACUUUUAUUCAUUAAUGGACAGUUUUGCGUUAUCGGUUGUUUUCAUCAAUGAACAGUUUCGUGCCAUCACCUAUUUUCACCAAUGAACAUUUUCGCGCCAUCGUAUGUUUCAUCAAUGAACAGUUUUGCCUCAUUACUUGUUUCAACAGUGAAAAGUUUCGUGUUAUUGUUUGUUACAUCAAUUAACAGUUUCGCGUUAUCAUUUGUUUCAACAAUGAACAGUUAAUCAUCAUCACGUGUUACCCAAAUGAACAGUUUUGUGUCAUCACUUCUAUUCAUCAAUGGACAGUUUCGCUUUAUUGCUUGUUUCAUCAUUCGAAGUUUUCGCGUCAUCACUUGUUUCACUAAUGAACAGUUUCGGUUGAUUGUUUCGCUAAUUAACAGUUUUGCGUCAUCACCUGUUUCAUUAAUGAACUGUUAAUCAUCAUCACUUGUUACACAUGUGACCAGUUCUGUGUCAUCACUUGUUACAAUAAUGAACUGUUGUUAAAUCAUUGAACAGUUUUACAGAAUUCCUUGUUACAACAGUGAAUAGUUCCGUGUCAUCACUUAUUACAGCAGUUUAGCGUAAUCACAUGCCUCACCAAUGAACAAUUUUGAGUCAUCGCAACAUAUUCCGGCAUCACUUCUCCUAAAGGCAAACAGUUUCGCAUCAUGACUUGUCACAAAGUGAGUUUUCAACUCGUACCUUUGUUUAUUAAUGGACAGUUUCGAGUAAUCACUUGUUUAAGCAAUACUUUAUUUGAUGUUAUCACUUGUUAAAUCAAUUAACAGUUUCGCAGUAAAUAGUUCCGGUUGUUACAGCG